UGUAAUUAUUGUACAUUCUCUCACAAUUACUGUUUCUUCGGGCUCCACGAGCAUAUAGUCAGAGGACCUCUGAAUCUCAUCGCCGGGUUUAGACAUUUCCCAGAAAGCCCCCUCCAGUUUUCCGUUUUUAUUUGGGGGGAGCGCAAUCUUGCGGGAUCAUCCAAGUCGGUUUCUGCCAGCAGCAACCAAGCCAUCCAUUUACCUUUCCUAACCCAAAAAAAAAUAGAGGAGAGAGAAAGAGAGGGGUUAACCGGAGCCCAACCCCUUCACGCCGUGGGGCGAUAGAAUCAUCCACCCACCAGAGCCGCCGCCGCCGCCGCCGCCAUGAACGAAGGGAACCUGCGCGGCCAGGCGCCGGCGGCGUUGGGAGCGGGUUCGUCGUCCCCGUCCCCGUCCCCGGUGCGGUUCACGCCGCUGGAGCUCGCGGCGGCCGAGCAGCUCAUCCACCUCAGCGAGAGCAGCUCCUCCUUCACCCCGCGCGCCUCCGCCGCGUCGGCGUCCUCCUCCUCGUCCCCGCGCUCCGUGAACGCGCCCUCGGCGGCCCCUGUGCUGCCGCCGCGCGCCGUCGCGGAGGACGACGAGGACGAACAGGAGGUGGGCGGGAGGCGCCGCAGGAACAAGCGGUACCGCCCGAUCGCGGAGAUCUACGCUGCAAUGGAGCCGAAGCCGAUCGGGGCGCGCGGCGGCGGAAGGAAGGACAGGCCCAAGCCGGCCGGCGCCGCGAAGGAGGUAGAGGCGACGAAGUAGAGAGUGUGUGCUGGACUUGUUUGUAAUUAUGGAUAAUUAGCAGGGACUAGCUUGAUAUAGAAAGGUGUGAGCUCGAUGAAGUGUAAAUUAAAGUACUGUAUCCCCAAUAAAACCAGCAGUCUGCUUGACAUGCUUGAUCUUGCGAAGUUCUUGAGUUAGUAUUCUUGUGCCG